CUCCGUCUAAUCAAUAAAUAAUAGUAAAAUUAAUUAUAAUUCGAAAAUUGUUGUUGAAGUCUUACUUUCUCAUAAGACACUGUACAAACACACACAUUUUUAAAAAAAAAUUCUCAAAAAUUUGCACGGUAAGGUAUAGUUAAAAGUUCACUAUUAGAUAAAUAAGGACAUCUACUAUUAGAAAAAAAUUAAUUUUAGUCAUAAUCUAAUAUUUUUUAUUUAACAUUGGUGGCGAAAGGACCUCCUUAAUUUUAGAUAUAUCAUGUUUUAUAUUUAACUUUACUAUUUUCUAUUUUAUUGAAUUUAUCCAUAUAUAUUUGUAUCUUCUCUAAAAUAUUUUUUAUAAUAUUUGUAUUUAAUUGCUCAGUCAAUUUACAGAAUAGACGAAUUGCUUUUAAAUUAAUUUAAUUUAAUUAAUAAGCGUAUUCCAAACGAAUUAUCAUAACCUGAAUAAGAUUCGAAAGAAAACUCCAUUUACCAGUCACAGGCAGUUUUUAAAUAGAUAAACUUGAUGUAAUUGAAAAAUUAUAUAUUUCAAAUAAAGUUCCUAUCUGAACUUAGUUUAAAAGUUAGAACUAAUAUCAGAUUUUUAACACAAACAUAUUGUUAAUUAUUGUAAACCAACAUUGAGGUGAAGUUGAGAUUAAUACGAGUACCAUUUCUGAAAUAAUGGAAAAAGUUAAGUAGGAUUUAAUAUGGGUAUAUGCAUCUAAGAUUACUAAUUCUCUAAUGCGCUAGCAAAAGGACUUAAGUCAUAAAAUGUCUGAAUCGACUUAUCUCCUUUGUCUGACUUAAUAUUUCGAGUUACUUCACCGGUAAAAGUAGCGUAAGUCAAUUCCCAUUAAUAACUUAUACAGAGUAUUUGGUUUUAAAGACAUAACUCAACUUAAACUGGUAAAAUAAACUUAAGUUUCUUAUGCCGUUUUGAGCACUGCUAGAAACGAAUCAUAAAGGCUUAAGUGAAGAUAAGUCUUCAUAGUCAAACUGUUCAAUUGGACUUAAGCCCUUUGUAUCGUUCGUAAGCGGUCAGCUGAUUUAUAUUUUGGUUCAUUUUACAUUGUUAAUGUGCUAUAGAAUUGAAAAAAAAUAUCAUAAAAAUGUCAAGCAGAUGGCAAAAAAUAUUGACAAUGUUGAAACCAGAUAUUGGUAAGUAUUAUAAAGUUAGAAAAAAAAUUCGGUCCAGAAGUAGGUGACAUCGAAACCGUAAAGGAACUUACGGAAAAUGAUUCACUUGAAAGAAAAAAUUAAAUACCCUUACAAAACUCUAAGAUAUUAACUGUAGUUCAAACAUAUGAAAACUGCUAGAUGAAAAUGUUAUUUUUGAACAAGUUGGAAAUUUUAACGACGUUAUAGAGCUUCAAGGAAAAGCUGAAGUUUCAGUGUCCAAGAAACCAAGAAUAGAAUUGAAGAUUGGUAAAUAAAAUCUUAUUUUUUUGGUGCAACACUUUACUGCAUUUAUUUUAUUUUUAUAGGUAUUACUUUUUGUAGUACCUAUUUGAACGACUUUUUCAAUGUUCAGGUUUAACAUACUUCUCAAAAUACAAUAUUGUAACAUCUACUUUAGCUACUUUAAAAUACAAAUAAUUGGAACAGAGUUUUUUGGAAGUAAAGGUUUUUUUUAGAUGAAAAUGAAGAAUGGAAUAGUGAUAAUAGUUUACAGGAUUCAGAUUUUAACUGUUAUUCAGAAGACAACUAUAGCGAUGAAGAUGAAAGCAGUAGCGAAGAUAAUAAGGCUGAAAAAUAUAAUAAGAGUAAAAAGAAAAAUAAAUGAAUGAAUAUAAAAAAUAUACCCAAAAAACAAAUAAGCAAUCAGAGGAUGGGAAUAUUGGAACAAGAAGAACAAAAUACGCACAUGCAGCAAGUCAUACUAUCUGAAAAUAUUCAAGACUUUGUAGUUGAGCAAAACGUUACUACUGAAAAUUUUGAAAACGAAAACGAUGAAAAUAUUGAACCAGAAGAUGAAGAACAUAAUGGAAUAUUAGCCGAAGGCCAAAGUCAUUUUCGAGAAGGUUAAGAAAGGAAAGAACACUUAAACGAAUUUCUGGGCAAAAAUUUGUAGCACCAAAGGGAGAGUUAUUAAAAGCAGAGAACUGAAAGAUCUAAAAAAUUGUAGACAUAGAUGUAGAGAUUGGCUUACCCAGAGAAACAAUUUUUAAAGAAUAUUUGGGACAGCAAAAUCAUUCCAAGAGAGUCGGCUACAUCAAUAAACUUGUUACAUCGGCUGCAGUCAAUACUUGUAGAGUUCGAAAGGAGAACUCUAAAAAAUCAAGAAAUGUUACUUACAAUUGCGCCUUUUAGAUUGACGGACAACGACGCAAAGUUUGUAAAAGGAAUAGUAAACGAAACGGAAAAAUUUAUUAGAAAUUGUUUCGGAAAUAAAAAGAAUAGCGUUACCGGCAUUGUCAAAGAUGACCUAAGAGGUAAACAUGCACCCUCUAACAAGACAACGGAGUUGCAGCUUGCAGAAAUUUUAGCUCAUACGCAUAUAGAUUCAUUCCCAAAAUAUGAAAGCUAUUAUACUCGCAGAAUGAAUGACAAAAAAUAUUUACCAUCAGAUCUAAAUUUGUUAGAAAUGUAUAAUCUCUAUCGAGAAUGUCAUGAAAAUCCCGUCGAUCGAAAAAUGUAUGAACAAGAAAUUCAUAAGCUUAAGCUGGCUUUCAAAAAUCCAAAAACUGACCUCUGUCACAGAUGUAAAGUUUUACAGAUGCAGAUUCAGUUAGCCAUUAAUAAGAGGAAAUUAGUGAUCUACAAGAAGCCGAAAAGCGACACCAUAUUGAAGCUGAUACCGCCUACAAAUGUAAAAACAGAGAUAAAGAAGAAGCUAAAAAUGGCAAUUUAUCUAGAUGUUACACCUUUGAUCUUUAGCAGUACUUGCCUAAGUCCUACUUGGAAACCUCGGUAUCAUUUUAUUAAAGAAAAUACUGGACAAUCUUAGUAUACACAAUUGUGCAUCUGGUUAUGCCUCUUGUUAUUUGUGGCACGAAACAAUAUCUAUAAGAAAAGCAAAUGAAAUAGCUUCAUGUUUGUACAAAGAAUUAAUAAUAUUGCCACUAGAAGUGAAGAAAAUAACAAUGACUCCGACACCUGUGGAGGACAGAACAAAAAUUUUCAUCUUGCUGCUAGCACUUAUAACCAAAAAACCUUCACUGGAAGAAAUAUCACAAAUUUAUGUUGUCCGGCCAUUCGCACAUGGAGUGAGAUUGUGAUCACUCACUCAAAGAAAAAUAAAAAAAAAUUAGGUAUGAAAAUAUCUCAUCCCCAUGACUGGGCAACCUUAAUUCGUUGCACAAAUAAAGCCAAACAGUUUAAUGUGAUUGAAAUGACAUAAAACGAUUUUUUGAUUUUGCGAAUUUGUUGAACACAACGUUGGUGAGAAAGCAAAACACUCAAGAGAAAUGUUUAAGUAACAUGACUGUAAAGGCAUUAUUUUUGAUAGAUAUUCUUUAACUGGGAAAGAAAUCUUUAAAAAACUAAAUCUUAAUCGACGAGCAGGGAUCCACUUUAGACUGACUAAGAGAUGUUCUGGAAGGCUACACUAAAAUUAAUGCAGGUUUCAACGUAGGUAUAGAGGCUAACGAAAAAAAAGAAGAUUGCACCAAACAGUAAUGAGACUAACAGUAUACUCUAUGUUCGAAUUCUUUGAACCACUUAAGUAAUAAAACAUUUCAUUGUAAAUAAUUCGGUUGUAAAUUAAUGUCGCAACAUAAAGGAUUCUUCGUAUUUCAAAUUCCGACUUGACUACAAUUGAGAGAGUUUCCUACUACAAAUGUUACAAAAUUGCAUUCCUCUGAAAAUUGACAUGUGCUUUGAAAGUGUGAUCGCUUUUUCUGUCCAUCGAGGAGGUAUCUUAAAAACAUCACGAAGGGUAGUUGGUUUCAGACUUCAGUUGUGAGGAGUCGUUCUUAGUUUUAAUUUUUGCAAAUAGUAUGAUAAGGGUUUAAUGUAAAUUAAUUGUAAAGGUUUCUUAACGCCGUAAAGUUAAGAUAAUCCUUCGAGGUAAUAGAGUUUUUAAAGUUUCAUUCCAAUAAAUAUUGUUUCUCACAAAACGAACCAGUCAAUAAACAACGACUAUGGAGAUACAGGGUGAUGUGGUCGUGGAUUGGUAGUUUCGAAUUUCAAGAAUCCACACCCCUUCACUCUAUAAAACGUAAACCAGUGAGAAAAAUCUACAGAUAAAGGAAACAAAGAAGGUUGGAUGAGAUGUACAAACAACGAAAUAUAUGCAGUGUAUAAUGCACCAAAAAUUUUGGUUAUCUGAAACGGAUGGAACAAAACAGAUAUGUUAAAUACAUAGCUUGGAAGAUACCAAAAGUUAAGAAAGGGAAGAAUAAAAAGAAAAGAAAAGGGGAAUGAAAUGGAAGAAGGCAGCGUUGUAAGACUUUUAACUGAAAUAAAUGCCUGGAACAGUUUAUACUAAUAUACUGAUAUAUACUGAUAAUGAUAAAAUUGAUAACCUAAUUUGGAUAAGUAAAAAUUUAAUUUGGUCCUAAAAAGAUGAGAAAAUCAAUGAUUUGGGCAAAAGUAAAUUUUGAUGGAAGAGGGAAUUUUUGAAUAAAGAAGUUUAAGAGAGAAAUAAUAUUGUCAGGUUUUUGAAAAGUUAAGAAUUGUAUUGGAAGAUGUUAAUAGAAUAAGAGAAGGAAUUUGAUUUAGAAACAUUCAUUGUUAAAAUCAUUUUUGAAAUAAAUAGAUAUAAAGUAACUUUCAAUUUUAAUAUUUAUAAAUUUUAUUUGGAUAUAUAUGAUGGAACAAAUCAGUAGCUAGCAGACAAGGUCGUACCGAAGAAGGAAGAGUUGGAUAAUCGAAUUGAAAUCAAUCAAUACAUACAUUUAGUGCAUCCUAAAAACAAGGUUUAUUUGGAGUAAUCCAAAAGAAUGUUUUUAAAGUAGAUCUUGAAUUUACUCUUUGUUAUGUUCCUUGAUUUUAAUAUUAUAAAUGUAAAAAAAAGGAAAGAAGUUGUAGGAAUUGUAGGUAAUAAUACAUGCUAUUGUAUCGAUAAAGGAUCUUAUAAGUGAUUUAAGUUAUAUAGGAUGUCUGUAACAGCUGUAUCUUAGAAUAUUUUGAAGACAGGUAGAUUUUUAUUUCAAGCGGGACACCUUCCGAUAUUAUAUUUAACUGUCAUACAUCAUUCCCCUUCUCUUCAUCACUCUAAUCAAUACAAUUCAAAUAGUAAAAGUACUAAGAAUAAUCCAUCGUAGAAAAGGUAAAUUUAAUAGUAAACUAAACAUAUAACUUAUAUACAGGGUGAACCACCGGUAACGCCUCGGCCUGUGAAAUCAAAAUUAUUUGAUUUCUUUAUAAUCUGUAUUCACAGCAAGAUGUAUAACAAAAAAGACAACGUAAAAAUUAUUUCAAUUAUACAGGGUUCUCCAAAACAGUGAUACAUAUCUAAGUUAUGUUUUUUGAAAUGGAACACCCCGUAUAUUAUUUUAUAUUUGAAUUGCUAUUGCUUUUUCAAUUAUAACAAUACCAAACAGUAUGAAAAAAUAUACAGGGUAUUCCACACGCUACAACCAGUUUUACAUGAAAAUCGCAUUGAUUUCAAUGACCUAGAUAGUGCAAAAGAAAAAAUUGAAUACCAAUUUUUUUUGUGAUGAAAAGUUUUCGAUAUUAGUCAAAAUUUAUGCCAACGCAGUACUUUUUCAAUUAGAAAAAAAUGUAGACAGGGUGAGUCAAACCUCAAAUACAUAAUUUUCUCAGUUUUUUCAAAUUAACCACCCUAUAUUUUACAUUACUAUUUAAAAGUACCCUAAUUAAAAAUUCAUUGAAUUAGGCAUUAAUAAUUUUAGGAGAUUUUUAAAUUUAAGUGACAAAAAAAUCACAGAACAUUUUAUUAUUAUUCUAACUUCAUUAUAUUUUUUAGUUAACUUGGAAAUCUCAAUACCUUAUUACUAACGUCAUUACUAUUUUUAAAAAACCCUAGCCAAUUUUUAAUAUGACCUUUGGUGGUGAAUAAUUGAAGUAAUUCGAGUGUUAGUUAAAAAAUGUUUAGAAAUGUAAGUUGGAUUUUUGAAACCCACCAUAAAUAAUAUUGAACGCUACUUAGAUACAUUUUUCUAAUUAAAUAAAAUCUGUCAAAAUUUCACUUAAUAACAAUUGAGUCUCUCAGAAGCAGAGUGGCCCAACUCAAAAUUUUGCAUAAUUGAGUUAGGCCCAACAAAAGAAGUAUUUUGCCUAUAUUUUAUUUCAUAGUGGCCAAACAAACUUUCUCUAUUACCCAGUAGAUGGCGUAAAUUGAACACUUGAGCCGCAUCGGGAUUGCAUUACUUUUUAAUACGGAAAUGUGGCCCAAGUGACAGUUGGGUCAGUCUGUUGUUUUUGAUUUUGUAUUUGCCGGUAACUGUGGAUGUGUUACUUACGUCUCAUGUUUAUUCAUUCUUUAAGUAUAUAAUAAACUUUUUAUUUUAUCUGGAUAUGUGAAUAUUUAAGUAAAGGUAAGUAGCUACUUGUAUUUUACACAAAAAGUGGUUUAGAUUACUUGAUUUUGGACGUGAAUUGAAAGUAUUUUUUUCUAAGAUUAUAACCUAAAAUGUAUUUAGCAAUACAAUGGGAAAACCUCACUGCUUUAUAAAGCGUUGUUGCCAGACUUGUAAAAUGUUCUUAAUUUUUAAGAAUAUUGAUAUAAAUAAUCAAGAUUUCUUUGUUUCAGGUUAAAAAUGUCAUUGUCUGAUACAUCCAGUGUUUGUGAGCCAAGUGAAUUUGAGACUCAUUCUAGAUCUGACUUCCAUCCAUCAUUAGAUAUUGAGUCAUCCAUAUCAGAGCAAAGCUUGAAAGAAAAAUGAAGUUGCUAGUUUAGAACCUAUGUCAAAUAAGGAUAAAAAGCGAAAACAAAAUAAGCAAGGUUUGGCAAGGCAUAACUCUAAGAUAAAAAGGAAGUCGGGAAAAUACUAUCUAAACUCUCGUGGUAAUCUUAUUCCCGAGAAGAAAUUUUUUGAUGGUAUUUGUAGCUGUCAUCGAAAGUGCCAUUCGUUUUAAACUAUUGAAGAAAAAAAAAUUAUCUUCCGAAAUUUUUACAACUUACCCAAUUUUAAUUUACAAACUACUUACAUAAGCGCGCAAGUAAAUAGUGUGAAUAAAGGACGCGUUACAGCAGUUCAGAAUCCUAAUAAACAUUCUUAAACACGAAUAUAUACAUUGCCAAUAGAAUUAGGUGACAUGGUAACUGUUUGCAAAUCAUUUGAUAAACAAGAGAAAGGGUGGCGAACUUACCACUCUGCUGUUAGAUAAGAGGGGAAAGCAGCCUCCUAAGAAUAAGACUUCUAAGAAUAAUAUUCAAAACGUAAAUGACUUUAUAAAUAGGUUUGCUCACUGUAGCCGCUAGAAAAAUCCGAAUCGAGAGUAUCUUUCAUCCGAUUUAAAUAUUACUAAACUAUUUGAAUUGUAUGUACAAAGCAAGGUAUCCAAAUUUGUCUUUUCAAAAAUAUUUAAUGAAGAUUUUAUUCUUCCUUUUCGGUACCCUGUGACCGAUACUUGCAAAAGAUGUGAUUCUUAUAACAUAAAAAUAAAAAACUCUAAUGGUGUGGAAAAAAGCACAGAGGAAAGAGACAAAGAGUUAUACCUACGGAUGGCAGAAGGGGCUUAAAAUGGCUUGCAGAAAGAUGCAACAAAAAAAAGGACAGCACAGUGACCAUCGCGUUUGAUUUGAUGAAAACUUUAGUAACUCCCAUUAUUUCUACGGGAGUGGUAUAUUAUAAAAGACAGUUAUGGGCUUAUUGUUUGGGCAUACACAAUCUCACCACAGGUCAAGCACACAUGUAUGAGGGUAUGGCCUCACGGGGUCCGCAAGAAAUUGGCUCUUGCAUUAUGCACUACAUGAGAACCUUUGUAAAAACAAUAAUUUUUAUCUUAUGCAGCGACCAAUGCAGAGAUCAGAACCGAAAUAUAAAAUUAACAUCUAUUUGUACAUACAUGACGGUCCCCAAUGAUUUUACUCCCACAGUCAUACACCAUAACUUUCUUGUUUCCGGUCAUUCCUACUUUCCCUGUGAUAGAGACUUUGGGACGAUCGAAAAACAAAAACGACUUUACCAUGAUAUUUUUUUGCCAGAUGACUGGGUUAAAGUUAUUUCUAGCGCCAAGAAAACUAACAAGUUCCAGAUAGUAAAAAUUAAAUCUGAAGACUUUAAAAGUACCACUAGGCUAGAGGCGCUACUCACAAACAUGAAAAAAAGGGAACAAGACAUAAAAGUAGAAUGGCUGAAAAUACAGUGGUUAAUGUUUAAAGCUGAAGAACCGUUCAAGAUUUAUUUUAAAUAUUCUAACAACGAGGAUGUACUUUUUUAUAGUGUUAAUGUUUCUAAAAAAAGAGCAUAGGUUUCUCUAAUGAAAACUGAAGCCUUUUAUUUGGACAUCCUUUACCCUACUGGAAGACCGAUAGAAAAAUUAAAAUACAAAGAUCUUCAAAGUCUCCUUCCAGUGUGUCACGAUUUCUACACCAGUUUAAAGACAAACGAACAAGUAGAAGAUGGGUGAUAUUGGACCAGAAACAGAUGAAUAGGAGACCCACUAUGCUUCUGAGCGACUCAAUUAUAGUUGGAGAAAUUUUAAUUGUCAAUUAACAGAUAGUCCUAUUUCCUAUUACCAGUGACCAGUUAAAAUUGGAGUAUUUUGUGAAUUAUCUUUUUUCUCAUUUAAAUUUAAACAUCUCCCAAAAUCACUUUAG